UGUACAGCCUGUACUGCUAUGUUUCUGUGGUCUCACUGCUCUGGAGCUUUUUCUUUGCCUUCGAUCUCCUCUGAGUCCUCUCCAAGGUGUUUAUCAUUAUCAAGUCCAGGUGGAUUCAACUUUACUCCAAACGAAAUUCUGAUGUAUUGAAGGCGGUGAUGUAAUUUGAUCAGUUGUGCAAUAUUCACCAUCCAGGUUCUAUCGUUCUAUUAUUGUAUUACAAUUUUUAGUUUAAGGCAAUGUUUCAUAAAAAACAAGCAUCUGGUGGUUCUAAAAAAAAACGAAAGAAACUAGAAGAAGAAACAAUAAUAAAACCUCAAAGAGGUUCUAUUCAAAAACUUUGGAAUAAGAAAAGAAACAUUUCUUCUGGAAACCAAAGUGAAAAUGUAGUGAAUCAAAGAGCACAAGAUAUUGAAGAAACCACAAAUGUGCCUGAAACUGAAAAUCUGGUAAAUGAAGAAACGACAAAUGUGCCUGAAAAUGAAAAUGAAAUAAAUGAAGAAACGACAAAUGUGCCUGAAAAUGAAAAUGAAAUAAAUGAAGAAACACCAAAUGUGCUUGAAAAUGACACUGUUGAAAAUAAUGAAGAAGCUAAUCAUGUGUCUGAACAUUCAAAUGCUUCAUUAUCUGUGAAUAUAUAUGAUCCUAGAGUGUGGGAUAGUCUAGAUGAAAAAAUGAGAGACUUGCUUGUAGAAAAAGGUCAUGUUAGAGAAGCCAAUAUUAAUUUUCCAAAGGAUAAGCACAAUAGGGGGUUCUCCACAUACUAUUAUGAUCGAAAAUUAAGAAAUGGACAACUCUCUGAUAGAAAAUGGCUGGUUUACUCAAAAGAAUUAAAUAAAGUGUUUUGCUUUUGUUGUAAAGUGGUAAGACAAGCCCGUUCUAAAAGUCAUUUAGCAGAUGUUGGGGUUGAUGAUUGGGGACACCUAGGUGAAAAACUUAAGCAACAUGAAGAGACUGCUGAACAUUAUGCCAACCUUAGAGCCUGGGCUGAACUUCGAGUAAGAUUGAGAACAAAUCAAACUAUUGAUAAAGAAUUGCAAGAGCAAAUAAAAAAAGAUACUGAACAUUGGCAGCAAGUUAUGAUCAGGAUAAUUGCUGUUGUUAAAUGUCUUGCAAUGCAUAAUUUGGCAUUUCGUGGAACAAAUGAAAAAAUCUAUGAAGAUUCAAAUGGAAAUUUCUUGGGCUUUCUUGAAUCAAUAGCUGAGUUUGAUCCAAUAAUGAAGCAUCAUUUUCGACUCAUUCAAGAUAAAGAAAUUCAUUAUCAUUAUCUCAGUCAUAAAAUACAAAAUGAAAUGAUAGCUAUGUUGGCAUCAUGUGUUAGGAGUGCAAUAAUAAAAAAAAUUAAAGCAGCUAAAUAUUUUUCUGUGAUUCUUGAUUGCACUCCUGAUGCUAGCCACAAAGAGCAAAUGACUUUGAUAAUUAGAUGUGUUGAUGUUGAAAGUCGCCCGAUAAAAAUAGAAGAAUAUUUUCUGCAGUUUUUAAAUGUGGAAAACACAUCUGGCUUGGGUCUUUUUGGUGAAUUACAAGCUGCUCUUAACUCUCUCGAUUUGAAUAUUGAUGAUGUGAGGGGACAAGGGUAUGAUAAUGGUUCUAAUAUGAGAGGGAAACAUCAAGGUGUUCAGAAAAUAUUACUUGACAUAAAUCCUAGAGCUUUUUAUAUGCCUUGUGGUUGUCAUUCUCUAAAUUUGGUUCUUUCUGAUAUGGCAAACUCUUGUUUAAAAGGAAAAUCUUUUUUUGGGGCAUGCCAAGCCAUAUAUAAUGUGUUUGCUAAUUCAACAAAGCGAUGGGACAUUUUGCUUGAAUAUGUGGAUGACUUAACUUUGAAAUCUUUGUGUGUGACACGAUGGGAGAGUCGUAUAGAAAGUGUGAAAGCAAUUAAAAGUCAAUUUCCAAAAAUAAAAAAUGCUUUGAUCAAAUUAGCUGAAGUUUCUGAUGAUUCUAAGAUAAGUUGGGAUGCUGAGAAAUUAGUUUCAGGUGAAUUUUCAAGUUUUGAUUUUGUUCUGAGUUUGGUUAUAUGGUAUGACAUCUUGUUCAAAAUCAACAUGGUGAGCAAAAACUUGCAGUCUAAGGAUAUGCUUCUUGAUGUAGCUAUUGAAAGUUUGAAAGGGCUGGUUUCAUUUUUUGAGAAAUAUAGGGAGAAUGGGUUUAAUUCUGCUAUCACUGAUGUGAAAGAAAUUAUUGAUGAAAUGGGAAUUGAACCAGUUUUUCAUGUACCGCGUAAGGCUACAAGAAAGAGACAUUUUGAUGAAAAUCCUAAUACAGAAAGAGAACAACAAUCUGCUCAAGAAAAUUUUAGAACAGACUACUUUCUUGUUUUGGUUGAUAUGGCAAUUUCUCAAUUGAAAACCAGAUUUGAACAAAUAGAACUUUUUGAAUCUAUGUUUGGCUUCUUAUUUGAUGCAUCACGGUUGAUUGUAUUGGAUGAUGAAGGAAUGAAAAAUUGUUGUCUAAACCUUGAAAAUGCUUUGAAACAUGGUGAGGAUUGUGAUAUUGAUGCUAAGGUUUUACUUUCAGAAUUGCAAAUAUUGCAAGAUAUGCUGCCAACUGAAGCAUAUGAAACUGGAAAGCCAUGGAGUUCCAUUGAAAUUAUGGAGUUCGCAAAAAAAAUGGAUUUCUUUCCAAAUAUUUUGGUUGCUUAUCAACUUUUGUUGACUGUACCUAUUACUGUGGCAUCAGCGGAAAGAAGUUUUUCAAAACUAAAGUUGAUAAAAUCUUAUUUGCGGACAUCUAUGGCUCAAGAUAGGUUGAAUGGACUGACACUAUUGAGUAUUGAGAAGAAUAUGCUGAAAGUUGUUGAAGUUGAACAUAUUGUUGAUGACUUUGCUUCUAAAAAUGCAAGAAGGAGUCAUUUCAGAUGAGAUGUGGUUCAUAUCUAAUUGUAGGUACAAGAGGUGCAUGUUGGUACUUGUGCUCUGGGGUAAUGGUUUUAUGUCCCCCCCAUUGUACCAUGUUUUAACAUAUCAAUAA